CGUCUAUUACUCGGACCAUAAUAAAUUCAACUCUUUCCUUUAUUAUUAUAACUUUUUUUUUCCUCAUCAUCUCUCUCACUUUGUCUCCCUCUGUCCUAAGCAAUCAAACCUCAAUCCUGAUUGUAGUUUGAACACAAUUACGAACUAAUUUAACUUUCAUUUGAAAAUUUUCUGUCAAUUAGUUAACAUCUAGUUUUCGCAAGUUUCCAUUCACUUGAUUUCUUCAAUUGUUGUUACUCUUGAUUAUUCACAAAACUUAUUGAUUAUGAUGAAGAAAGUUUUGAUCGCCUUAAUUGUGAUUACUUUCUAUCUUACCUUAAUCAGUGCCGCUCCCGACAAGAAAAAGGCCACAAACAAAUUUCGAGGAAGACGACCCAAAGCUAAUUGUCACCUGAAAGAGUUACAAGAUUGUAUUGAAAAGUUUGAUCGUUAUACAAAUGAUUCCCAAUCAUACAAACUAAUUACAUCUUCCAGAGGAAUCGAUGAGAUUUGCUCUAAUUCAUUGGAAGGUGUUAAUUGUUUCAAAGAUCACAUGGACAAAUGUGGAACACCAAUUCAGAUUGAAAUGUUUUCCUUUGUUCUUAAUCAAUUUGAAAAAUCAAUCGAUCGAUUCUGUAAACCUGGUGCCUUAAGAGACGAUUUCCUUAAGCAUUCACCUUGUAUCGCCGAGAAAGUUUUAGGUAAAGAUGAAUACAAAUCGAAAUGUAAUCAACCCUAUUUGGCCUCAGUCGAUAAGGUUAACAAGCAUGAAGAUUUUGACGAUCGACUUGAUCUUACCUGUUGUUCAUACAAUCGAUGGGAAAAUUGUCUCCUUCAAAUGACCGGUGAAAAAUGUCAAGGAGCUGGAAAACAAGCAAUGAACAAUUUCAUGGAAAAAGCAUUCGCCGGAUUAAGUGAUAUGGUUUGCAAACAAUCAGAUUUCCAAUUCUCAAGUGACCGAUGUAAAUCCUUAUAUCCAGCCAAUGGAACCAUCGUUGACCCCAAGAAGACCAAUAAUCCGAUCACCAAAUAUCUGACCUCAUAUUUCCGUUUCUUAUUGACCAGUUAGAUGAAUUUGGAUUAAAGAAAAUAUCAACAACGAUAAUUAUCACCAAACAUCUCAACUUUACAAUACAAAAUGAACAAUCAACUAUAUCAUAUUAAUCUGAUUCAGAUUAUUGCAGAUAAAAAAGAGGAUUAAGAUUAUCUUGGAACUGAUUACAAAUUUGAUGACUGCCUCUGAAUUAACUAACAAAUAAUUAACUCAUUUUGUUUUUGUGAUGAAAUUAUUUUUUGUGUAUCUAAAUUUUCACAUUGUCUUUCACAAUUAAUUUUAUUAUUACUCAUUAAUUAAAACUCCCGUUGCAUUUGA